AUGCUUAUUAAUAGGAGAAAGUAUUCGAGUAGCGACAGUAGUAGCGAGAGUGAUUCAGAAAGUGAUAGAAGAUCUAAUAAGAUUAAGAAGAGGAAACAAGAAAGAAGGAAAAAAGCUAAGAAGCAAAGAAAACAAUCAUCUGAUUCAUCGCAAAGCGAAGAACUAUUCGAUGUAAAUAUCCUGAAUAAUAUAAAAACUGAACGUUUGACGGAUGACGAGAAAGGACAAAAAUUGAUGGAGUUUUCACCCCGUCGACAGAAACCGAGAGAGAUAAUAAAUGUCAAAGAACUUCAAAAUGAUUUUGUAGAAAAUAUCCAUAUUAAGCAAGAAGUAGAAGACCCAAAGGAAGUACCUAACGACAUAAAAGAAGAUGACAAACAAAGUGAAGAUUAUGCUGAAAUCAAGGAAGCAGUCGUAGAAAAUACAGCUAAAGAUGAGAUCAAAUUGCCUGAGGAACCUCCAGAGGAGAAGGUCACCAGUCCACCACAAUCACAACCACCACCACAACCACCACCACAGCCACAGUCACAGCCACAACCACAGCCACAGCCACAGCUACAGCCACAGCCACAGCCACAGCCACAGUCACAGCCCCAGCCACAACCACAACCACAACCACCACCACAGCCACAGUCACAGCCACAGCCACAGUCACAGCCACAGCCACAGCCACAGCCACAGCCACAGCCACAGCCACACCCCGUCCCCGUUGGCCCCGUGCCCCCCCCUACCGACGAGUCGAACGCUUCUCAGUGCUCAUCGCAAGAAUCCGUGUGCAGUAUGAAGGAUGUUCCCUCAUACGAAAAAGAUGAGAGUCACUUGCGACCCUCAUCGCAAAACUCAAACUACAGCUUCAACGACGUGAUCGCCAGUCACGGCUCACUCUACCAGAAGCAUGACCAAGAAAAGUUCACGGGUUUCAUUGAGAGCUAUGGCGCCGCCAGCUACGAGAUGUACGAGCAGCUGGCCAUGGCCUACCAGAGCGACGUGGCUAGCCAGCGUGCAUCCCCCCCGUGCGGCGAGCGCUCGCGGCCCAUCGAGACGGUGGUGCGCGCGCGCUGCGGAGAGAUCAAGUGCGACUGGCGCCCCGGGGACGUGCGCGCGCCCGCGCCCGCACCCCGGCCCUCGAGAUGGGACGGUGGUGCGCGCGCGCUGCGGAGAGAUCAAGUGCGACUGGCGCCCCGGGGACGUGCGCGCGCCCGCGCCCGCACCCCGGCCCUCGAGAUGGGGUCAGUAGCUACACUUUGUUAUACAUCCCCCAGACGGUGGUGCGCGCGCGCUGCGGAGAGAUCAAGUGCGACUGGCGCCCCGGGGACGUGCGCGCGCCCGCGCCCGCACCCCGGCCCUCGAGAUGGGGUCAGUAGCUACACUUUGUUAUACAUCCCCCAGACGGUGGUGCGCGCGCGCUGCGGAGAGAUCAAGUGCGACUGGCGCCCCGGGGACGUGCGCGCGCCCGCGCCCGCACCCCGGCCCUCGAGAUGGGACGGUGGUGCGCGCGCGCUGCGGAGAGAUCAAGUGCGACUGGCGCCCCGGGGACGUGCGCGCGCCCGCGCCCGCACCCCGGCCCUCGAGAUGGGGUCAGUAGCUACACUUUGUUAUACAUCCCCCAGACGGUGGUGCGCGCGCGCUGCGGAGAGAUCAAGUGCGACUGGCGCCCCGGGGACGUGCGCGCGCCCGCGCCCGCACCCCGGCCCUCGAGAUGGGGUCAGUAGCUACACUUUGUUAUACAUCCCCCAGACGGUGGUGCGCGCGCGCUGCGGAGAGAUCAAGUGCGACUGGCGCCCCGGGGACGUGCGCGCGCCCGCGCCCGCACCCCGGCCCUCGAGAUGGGACGGUGGUGCGCGCGCGCUGCGGAGAGAUCAAGUGCGACUGGCGCCCCGGGGACGUGCGCGCGCCCGCGCCCGCACCCCGGCCCUCGAGAUGGGGUCAGUAGCUACACUUUGUUAUACAUCCCCCAGACGGUGGUGCGCGCGCGCUGCGGAGAGAUCAAGUGCGACUGGCGCCCCGGGGACGUGCGCGCGCCCGCGCCCGCACCCCGGCCCUCGAGAUGGGGUCAGUAGCUACACUUUGUUAUACAUCCCCCAGACGGUGGUGCGCGCGCGCUGCGGAGAGAUCAAGUGCGACUGGCGCCCCGGGGACGUGCGCGCGCCCGCGCCCGCACCCCGGCCCUCGAGAUGGGGUCAGUAG